AUGGAUUUGACAGAAGCAGAAGAAAUUGAGGAAGAGCAGAAAGAAGAGUAUUAUAGGGACGCAGAGGAAAAAGGAAGAUAUGAGGUGGAUGAUGAGGUGGAUGCGGAGGAAGACCGGCAAUUGAGGAAAGGAGCGCUUGUCGAGGAGAAAAAUGAUGGGGAAGAGGAGCAACAGGAGCAAAGCAGAGAACAUGUGAGAUUAAUUGAGGGUGACAACAUUGAACAAAACCAAGAAAGUUCAAGUAGAGGACACAAGACAGUCAAUGAAGAAAAUGAAUGUUGUAACUUUGACAGAAAAAACAAGGAAGAGAAAGGUAAGAAGUUGACAGCUGAGGAAGAAACUAGAUUCACAGUUGAUCAGGAAAAGCUUCAGAAGGAUAAGGAAGGGUCUACUGUGGAUGAGGAUGCAGAACAUUGGACGGAAAAAGAAGCAGAUGCUAAUUACGAAGAUGUGGUGAAGAUUUACUGCAAAGGUGAUCAUCCAACAAACCUUUUCCGCACCUUGACAGAGUUCAGUGACUCUUCCCUUCUCACUGACCUUAUUUUGAGCACAGAGGAUGGGAAGACUUUCAACAUACAUUCCCCUGUCCUGGCUGCUGUUUGCUCCUAUAUCCGAGAGAGCCUUAUUCAAAGAAAUGUACAUAGAGUUGAUGAGAGCAAAGAACCAAGUGUUGGAUUCCAAAGGUGGUCAAUGUCUCUGGGUCCAGAGGUGGAUCACGUUGGAUUAAAAGCAGUGGUGGAGUUUGCCUACACUGGACUAAUUUCGUGUUUGAACAUGAACACUUUGCACCAGAUAAAGAUGGCGGCUCAAUCAUUGGGUGCCCCUAGGGUUCUGGAUCUCUGCAAAGAGGUAGAGGAAAAGUCCACAAAAACUGAAGGGCAGAAAAAAGAGGUAAACAUGUCGGCAGCAGAACAAAUGAAAAUCAGCCUUCAGUCCAUCAAACGGCUGUGCAUGGAGAGAGUAGGCUGUGAUGUCAUUCUGGAAGCUCCAGGAGGAUCUUUUCAUGUCCACAGAGUCAUCCUGGCUGUGUGCACUGACUUCUUCCGUGGCAUGUUCACCUCUGGGAUGAUCGAGACCUUUCAGCCCUGCGUGACCCUUCCUUUCCUUUUGGCUUCAGAGCUGGAGGUGCUGAUUGACUGCUCUUACAGCGGGACUCUCCCCCUCAGCUGGACAUGUGUUUUCGAAAUCACCUGCACUGCUCUCCAGCUCCAAUACCAACCGGCCCUCUCCUUGUGUCUUAACUUUCUGCGUCAAGAAAUAAAUCCUCACUCCUGCCUGGAUGUGGCAUCUUUUGCAGAGGCCUACGAGAUGCCGCAGCUUCUUGAAGUCGCAGAUGAUUUUGUCCUGCUGAAUUUCCAAAAGGUUGCAUGCGUCUCAAAGCUCAACGACUUGUCAGCCAAAAAGCUCCUAAAGUACCUGAAGAGUCCGUCACUCUGUGUUUCAUCUGAGCUCGCUGUAUUCAAAGCAGUGGUAGCAUGGAUCGAGGCAAAGCCCAAAACAACGUUGCCUUUUGCUAAAAGACUAAUGAAAACCAUCAACUUUCCCCUGAUGACAGUCGAGGAAUUCAAAGAGUUCAAAUAUCUGACCAUGUGGUCCGAUCACAACCUGUCAGGGCUCUAUGAGACAAUUCUUGAUGAUUUCCGCUCCAAAGAGAGUCAUUGCCGGAUCUAUCAACCGAAAGAGACUCUGGUCUUGAUUGGAGGUGAUCAGAUCUCUGAAGACCUGAGGGGACGCAGCAUCAGCAGAGAACUCUGGGGUUUAAAUGCGCUAAGGAUCUAUACAGGGCGGAAAAAGGCCAUGGACUGGAAAAAGUUGGCAGAGAUGCCAGAGCGAGAGAGGUUCUCUCAUGAGGUGGCAGUCCUCAAAGGACAACUAUACGUGUUGGGAGGCAAGCACUAUUACGGCAUCAACGACAACCUGAACUCUGUUUUGAGGUAUGACCCUCUUCAAAACAGCUGGGAGAGCCUGACUGAAAUGCAGAAAGACAGAGGCUCUUUCUCUGUGGUGGUUCUGGAUGGAAUGAUAUAUGCCAUUGGCGGACAUUGUGACCCUGAAUAUAUGGAGAGUGUGGAACGAUACUGCCCCACUGAGAACUCUUGGAGCUUCACAUGGCCCUUGGAUCUGCCUCUGGCUGGCCAUGUAGCAAAGGCUUUUCAAGGGAAGAUAUUUAUCUCAGGAGGGCUGAGCAGCAUCUCCCAACAUCUAUCAUCGAUGUUUCUGUACCACCCAGAGACAGGAAGCACUUAUUUGGCAAACAUGGCUAAACCUCGAGCCCGUCACUGCAUGGAGAUCCUGGGCGAACGUCUUUAUGUUGCGGGUGGAAUCACUUCAGAGGAUAACAUGGGUAUGGUUGACCUGCUAACUUGUGAGGUAUACAAUCCAGUGGCUGACUCCUGGACUGCCUUCACAUCUCUUUCGGUGCCACAUGUAGGUGCAGGAGGAGCAGUUUUGGGGGGAAAGUUUUAUGUGCUGGGUGGAUACAGCCAUGAGGACUUCAGUGAAACUAAGUUGGUCCAUUGUUAUGAUCCCACCACAAAGAGAUGGGAGAACACGGGCAAGAUGCCUGGUCCGAACAGUGACAUACGGGCAUCUGUGCUGUGUUUGCCAUCACAUUUCCGUAUGUAAGAUAUUGUGAGGUUUAAGGCCAAUGUUACUGUAGUUUCAAAAAUAAUAUCACAAAGAAUGAUGAGGGGGUUCAUUUUCCAAACAAACAAAGAUUAAAGUUGGAGAUAUUGACUGAGGUUAAGGUGGUAAGUGUGGGUGUAAAACAGCUUAAAUAUAAAGAGAUUUUAAAGAAAAACUUGUAAUAAUAAUUGGGAUCAUAGUGUUUCUUCUCACGAAAACCUGAUAUCUUGAUAUCAUUUAGCAUAAAUCAAAGUUGCAUGCAAAAGGUUCGAUAUAUGUGUAAUAUAGAGCAUCUUGGGGCUAUAUAUUCAAUAACUGAACCGUGUUCAAAAAGUACUGUGAUGAAAUGGUUCAUGUUUUAGUGAGGGUGCAGUCGCCAGGAAAAGAGACAAUGUAAAAGUUGGAUUGGCAUUUAAGUAAGUUUAUUUACAUUUUCAAUAAAAUGUACUCGAAAAUUUAAAA